CUGCCUCAGGUUCCAUCUUCAGCCGCCAAGCAGGGCGGGUCGCCAAGUCUCUUAGCCCGUGGCUAAGAGCCCGGUUUCCUCAAAGGCCUCGUCAUCUGUUGGGUCGAGAAGGAGCGGUUGUCUGGGCGGCUCCAGGCAGGGCCGGUGGUCAAGGCUGCUGAGCACGUUUCGCGUUGUCCUGAUCAGGUUUGGGAGCCUGAGGACUGCGGAAACUUCGACGUUGCCUCUGGCUCCAUCUUCAGGCCCCAGCCUGUGGCCCCCUAAGGCCUGGGGCUCCUCACGCGUGUCACGCCGAGGAGGAGGACUUGGCCUUUAGAAGGAAAGCUUAAGGGUGGCUCUGAAGUGAGUGAAAUAGGAUAAAUUCCCCCGACUCAGGAAAAGGCAGAGGCAAGGAACUGAUUUCAAGAUGUUUGACAAUAAUGUUACCAACCAUAAGCUAAAUGUGGAAGCCAUAAUUAAAAAUAUUAACACAAUUUCUUUGGAGUUGAAGAAAAUGAAAGAGCUCUCCCAGUUACUGCUUUGUGACCUUACCCUAUGUUUUAGUUAUCCUGUGAAGACGGAUGAUGUAAAGGAACCAGAAAGAAACAACCCCCUCUUUGAAGAGUCUAAAAUGUCAGAUGUAUCUCUUGCUUCUAACAGUUUUUUAAUCUGA